AUCAGUAAUGAGAGUUAUUUCUGACAAUCAUGAAGGUGAUUAAUAUUCGUUGGAAAGCUUGCCUGCCUAGUUUUAUGAUUAUUGCUUAUUUUUUGAGUACCUUGCUGUAUUUCGGAAUGCAUAUAACCUAUAUAGACCCGGUGGAACCGAAAGCGAUAAAAAACCAAAGUUAUGUGGUACAAAAUAAUAGAGCUAAUGUACGAUUUCAGAAGAGCGUGUUAUCAAAUCCAACAGAAAAGCCACGUUAUCGGUUUAGCAGGGGCAGAACUGGUGUCAAGUUCGUUCUUGGAGUGCCCACUGUACUGCGACCCAAAAAGAACUAUGUCCUCCAAACCGUCGACUGUUUAAUUCGUCGACUGACACCCAAGCAGCGUGAUAAUUCCCUUAUUGUGAUCUAUGUGGGUGAAACUAACCUUCAGUUUGCCAAGUUCAUAGUUCAUAAAUUAAAUCUAAACCAUUUGAUGCAAAUGCAAGCGGGUCUUAUUGAUGUGAUUUCGCCACCUUUGAAUUACUAUCCCAACUUCUCGAGACUGCACAUCACACUGCAUGACGACCCGCAGAGAGUUCAGUGGAGGACCAAACAGAACCUGGACUAUAUAUAUCUAAUGUCCUAUGCCCGAACCAAGGGUUCGUAUUACCUGCAGCUGGAAGACGAUGUGAUGUCGAAUGAGGGUUUUAUGGACUACAUACAGAAGUUUGCCAUGCUGCAUGAUCAGUUUCGAUUUGCCCAUCAGCCUGAUUGGAUUGUUAUGAGUUUCAGUGACCUGGGCUUCAUAGGAAAACUCUUUCCCACCUCCGUUCUGAAAUCUUUUGUGGCCUACUUGCAACUUUUCUACAAUGACCAACCCAUUGACUGGUUGCUCCAGAGUUUUGUUACCCUUCAAAGUUGUCGCUGGGAUAGUAUUUCUCAACCAGAAUGUCAACGGGACUACGAAUCUAGAUUACUUCGUGCUGCACAAUCUCAGUUCCAGCAUAUGGGUGCGUUGUCCUCACUGGCGGAAAAGAAACAACUUCAAAAGGAUGGCUUAUUCAAUAAGAACCUUGGCCGUCAGAGAAUGCAGCAUCUUCGACAACCUCUCAACCUCAUUUCUUCUCAUAGGAACUCCCUCCUAAAACAAGAUCUUAGCCUGCAAACGGACGAAACUUUCAUGUGGAUAUACAUGCCUCAAAUGCCAAAGAUGAUAAAGUAUCUAAUCAAAAAUCAAUACAAGAAGACGCAGAUCCGCAUUCGUAAUGCCAAGGAAACUUCAAAAAAUCUGGCAGAAUUUAAUGUGGAUUUGGUGAGGGGAUCUCCCGAAUUUGGGACUAACAAAUCAGCUACCGAAAAUAUUGGAUUUAUUAUGACUCACACUAUCCUACAAAGGGAAAAAAAUGAUGAAAACACAAGUGAGUUAUUACCCUAUAACUACAUGUACUACUACAUAAGAGAGGAACCCGAGGGUCUGACCUGGUUCCGUCGAUUCCUUUGGAUAUACAACCGAUCUUGUCGAUGCACUUUCGGAUUCCCAUCAAAGUUACUAGUUUUAGUUUGGUUAUUGUAUAACAUUUUUUAAGAUAAAAUAAACAAAUAAGAAGGUUUCCUUCAAUAUAAAACUUCAA